AUGAUGAAAAGUAUUUUAAUCGUUUUUUUUCUAAUUUAUUCAAUAAAUUCCAAUCCAGUUGAACGUGAUGGUUCAAGUGUAUGUGAACUAGGUGGACAUUUUGUACCAGCAAAUAAUUAUAGUUGGGCAAAACGUAAUGAUCAAAUAUUUUGUACUUGCCCAGAUUCUCAAUAUGAGAUAAAUCGUCCUUGUCGCAUAUGUGAACGACCAGGAAUUUGUGGUCCAGAAGAUUCUUAUUGUUCUGAAGAAUUUGAAUCAUCUAUGGAACCAAAAUCAUAUUAUGCUUGUUUUUGUUCAUCAGGUUCACAUUUAUUUGGUGAAAAAUGUCCAGGAGAUAUUUCUAAUACUACCACUUUAACUACUAUCUCAACAGCAACAGCAACGGCAAUAACUUCAACAGAAAUGAUGACAACUGUUAGUACAGGAGUAACAACGGCAACGACUGCUACUCUAUCUCCAACAACGACAGCAGCAACGGCAACUACUACCCAAUCUUCAACAAAGACAACAGGAACGGCAACGGCAAUGACACCGGCAACGACCGCGACUGCUACUCAAUCCUCGACAAUGACUACUGCCCAAGUGUCAACAAAUCCGGCGACAGAGCAAAGCACUAGCACGACUGCACCAUGUAUAUGUCGAUCAAGUGGUUCAUAUUUGUCGAUAACACCAUAUUUAAUUUUCUUAUUAAAUCUUGUUUAUUUCGUUAAUAAAUGA